AUGCGUUCAAUUAUACUGUGUCUUACGUGCACACUAUUCAUUCUAUUAUUCUUUAAUGAAAAUGUCUAUUGUAACAAUGCUUUGGAUAAGAAUAGCCGCGAACUACUCGAACUGCAUAGAAAAUACAGACAGGAUUUAGUUGACUGUAAAGUUGAUGGACAACCUCCAGCUAAAUAUAUGUCACCAUUGAAGUGGAAUCACGAUUUAGCUCGACAAGCACAAUCAUUGGCAAAACAAUGCGUCCUACAACACGAUAAACGAUAUUCGAAACAAUUCAUUUGGGUUGGACAAAAUAUCGCUCUCCAUCCAACCAUUAAGUCAGGAGUGGAUGCUUGGUUCAAUGAGCACAAAUUAUACAAUUACAAUACGAACAACUGUCCUCAAUGUUUGCAUUACACACAAAUGGCUUGGGCCAAGACCACAGACAUUGGAUGUGGAGUUGCGAAAUGUCCACGGUACGGUCUAUCAAUCGUGUGCAACUAUGGUCCAGGGGGUAAUUGGAAUAAUGAGAAACCAUAUGAAGUGAAACCACGUCAUAUGUGCCCAAUGAUGCAAAAUAUUCCUCAAAACAGUUUACAAACUAGUCGUGCUCAUACACAACAUGGACAGAAGCCAUUAAAGAAAAUCGAAGAAAAUGUGUCAAGGAACGUUCAAUACGGACGUAGAGUUCGUGAUCUACGCGUAUAUCCGAAACGUAGAUAUUAAUUGUACUGGCAAAUAUACUUAUUUCCUCAAUAUUUGUUAAGCGUAUUUGUAUUCAAGUUUUCACUGAAGUAAUCCAAUACUUUCCUUGAAUAUAUUUGUAUUAUCAACUUUCAUUGAAAUGUGUAACUAUUUUGAGUUGGUAUUACUCAAUUAUGUACAUCUAUGUAGCCAUUAGUCACAAUUUAUAAUUGAAUAUAUUUCAUUAAAAUCA